AAUUAAAUUAGUAAAUACAUGUAAUAAACUCAUCAUUUUUGAUUCUUAAGAAAUUAUAUGGAACUCGUCUUCUAUGUCUCUCACUCUCUAUCCAAAGAAUUAAAAAAAAAAAAAAGAAGACCAUAAAAAAAAGAGAGAGAUAAAUUCCGGAAAACCAACGCAGAAUCGUCGUCGUCUUCGUAAUCCGUCUUUGCAUUCCGCCGGAAUCUUUUGAUUCGUAAAUCGGAAUAUCCGUAUUUUCCUUUGUCCGGACCAAGAAUCAUUUUCCCAGGAAACCAAUUGUUGAUCUCCUGGAUUCUUCGAAUUUGUUUAUUUGUUGUUGAAAAGUGGAUUCUUGGGUUUCGAUUGAAAAAAUGGAUUCCGAUUCCUGGAGUGAUCGUCUCGCAUCGGCUUCAAGAAGAUACCAGCUGGAUUUCUUGUCGCGAUCUGACAAUUUCUUGGCAUUUGAGGAGGUAGAGGAAGAGGAUGACUUCAGGGAGGAGUAUGCUUGCCCGUUCUGCUCAGACUAUUUUGAUAUCGUGUCUCUGUGCUGUCACAUAGACGAAGAUCAUCCUAUGGAGGCAAAUAAUGGGGUAUGUCCCGUUUGUGCGGUGAAAGUGAGCUCUGAUAUGUUUAGUUAUAUCUUUAACGACCAUUUUACUUAUGCGAUUCAUUCCUUAACGGAAACUUACGUGACGCGGAAAAGGAAAUCAAGAAGAGGCGGGGCUCAAUCCAUGCUAUCGAUCUUGAAGAGAGAGUUUCCUGAUGGAAAUUUUCAGAGCCUACUUGAAGGAUCAUCACGUUUUGUGUCUUCUUCUUCUUCGUCCAAUAUAGCUGCUGACCCUCUGCUGUCUUCCUUCAUUUCACCAAUGCCUGAUGAACUUUUCAUUUCCGAGUCAAGUCUGUGUGCAGAAACAAGCUCUGCCAAGAAAACAUCGAAUCAGGGUUUGCCUGAACGGAAUGUUGAAAAGAAGUCUCUUUCAGCCGAGGAUCACAGAGAAAAGUUGAAACAGAGCGAGUUCGUUCAAGGGAUUUUGAGCUCUAUGAUUCUUGAGGACGACUUAUAAAAGGAGUUAUGUUCCGGUAACUUCUCUAUGAUGAUUAGAUCAUUCAGCAAAUUGAAAAAAUGUAACGGAUUUUACGUUUAUAGCAACAAGUGGUCUGGGGAAGGGUUCUGGUGGGUAAGCAGAAUAAUGUUAAAGAGCUUCGUAAGGACGAGAGUCAAGAGAGACAUGAUAAUGAGUUUUAUUAUUAUUAACUUAUAAACACGUAUUUGCUCAAAUGAAGACACCAUUGUCUGUAGACUGUAGGUCGUAAAGAACAGAAAAAAAUGAAUGUAUUUUGAUCUUAUAUUUGCGUUGAGUUCUGUUCUUUGAGAUUUUCAGUGUACAGAUAUUACUAUGGUGUUUGUGUUAAAGUUGCACGGAUAAAAU